AUGGAAAGGAUCAGCGCUGCUGCCCAAGAAUUGUACCUAACGUACGAAUUGUACGGACUUCUUGUGCUAGGUGACAGCAAGAUGGCAGAUUCGAGAAGCUACUUCUUCUGUGAUACGCAGAACGAAGUCACUCUGGAACCUACCUGUAUGGCCGACUUUGCUCGUAGAGAAGUCGAAUUCAUCGAGGAAUUUCAGCGACAGCUCGGGACAAAAAUCAGGGAAACCGAGUAUCAAAAGAAAAGAGGGAACCAUAUCAACGUCUUCGUUCAGACAAAGGCGCAAUAG